AAUAAUGUAAUAGUAAGAGUCAAAAACCUCGAAAAGAACCCAGAACGUUAGACAAAAGAGUCCAACAACCACCAACCACGUGUCAAAAAGUUGUAAUAGAUCCCCAAAUUUAACUCCUCCCCAAAUUCAAAUUUAACACUCCAUAUAACUCCUCCCCAAAUUUAACACUCGCGCCGUUUACGUUCACUUCUUUCUUUCUCUCUCUUACAUUUCUUUCUCUCUCUUCAACGCCUCUUUCCCACCUUUGAUCCCUCCACGUGUCCUCUCCUCCUUCUCCCGCCUUCCCUGAUCUAUCCGUUAACCCUAACCCCCCUUUAGCUUCUCCCCCCUUUCUCUCUCCUCCCAAAAAAAUUCCAAAAAUAAAAAAUUAAAAUAAUAAUAAUUAAAUAAUGGGGAAGCUAAUCUGCGACACCGCCACCGUAACGGAUACAUUACCACCGCAAACUCCACCGUUGAUCACUUGGAGGGACCCACCAGCUACAACCACAGCCGUUGAUUUUCCAUCGACGUCAUGGGAUGACGUCACAGGGUUAGAAGAUCAACAAAGGAAGAGUCUUUCUCGGUUGCAGGCAAAGGGUGUUUUGUGGAAGCAUCCAGAAGAUAAAAGCCUACCUCCGGUGGUUUUCCGGCUGAGUCACGGCGGCGAUGUUGACGCCGACGGAAACUGUCUAUUCUCGGCGGCGGAGAAGGCGGCGAUGUGGGGUCUUCGAGAAGGGGAGUGUGGUGGGGCCAAAGAGUUGAGGAGGAGAACGGUGAAGAGAUUUGAACAAGAUUUUGAAUCGGCGGAAAAAGAGGAGAGAGAAAGAGUGGAGAUUGUGAUUAAGAAUUUGUAUUCACCUGAUCUUAAAUUUGGGUGGGGGAUUCAUAUUGUUCAAGAAAUUAAAUUGUUGGCUAACAAAUCUGAUCGUCAGAUCUUGGAUGAUGCUAUUCUUGAGCUUCUCAAUAUUGGCAUGCUUAGAGAAACGGCGGCAGAAUCUAUUUACAAAGAGAGGUGUAUUGCAGUGGACGACGGUCCGAGUUGGUCCAAAUACAUGUCUAUCUCUGGUUCUCCUGAUGAUGAGUAUGAUAUCAUCACAUUGCAAUAUACUGAGGAGGGUUUAUUGACUGUAGAUGAAAAUAGAGAAGGUCGUGCCGCCGCCUUUGGGGAUGAUAUUGCCAUUGAGUGCCUUUCAACAGAGUUCAAGAGAGAAAUUUUUGUGGUGCAAGCUCAUGGAUCAGAUGCUAUGGUUGAUGAAGACAACUGUGUUUUCUUCCUUCCACACCGCCCAAGGGGUGGUGAAAUUACUGGACCUCCGCUCUUCCUCUUCAUGAAAGGGACAGGUUGGUGUGGUGCUGGAGCUGAUCACUAUGAGCCCUUGAUCGCCCAUCCUUCUUCCUCCGUCUCGCAGGAGAAGGUUGGUUUUGUACUGUGAGAAGUAAUAUUUAUGUUAGCUAAGCAGUUUUGUGGUAGAGGUUGGACUAGGAGAAGCAGCACCAGCUCUCAAUAUUCCUCCCAGAACGAUAGCAGUAGACUUAGUGGGUGCCCAUUCUUUUGGUAGGCUGUAGAGUGAGAAAUUUUUGUUAUCCGGGGGUAGUUUCUAUCCGAUUCUUUUGCAUUCAAGACAUGAGAUUCAGUCAGUUCUGAGUUCUGAGGCUGAUUUUUGCACCGUGUUGGGCUCUAUGCUCUUGAGUAAACCCCAUCCCCAUGAAAAAUGUAAUUGUUCUAGGGAGGGGUGUUCGUUUUACUUUAUUGAGUUUGUUGUGAUUCAAUUUUUUUGUAUGUUUUGUUCCUUCCCAUUUCCGAGGCAAAACUCUUGUAAUUUUGUGACUCGAAUGAUCUACACAAUCCUUGUGUAAAGGAGCUGAACUCCAUUUCUUUUAUGGCACAGAAUUUUGUUUAAGUAAGAGAUGGAAAUCUCCAAUAAAUUUGGCUUACUGAAGUUUAUCGUUUAAGGAGAAACUUAUCAGUCAAUACAAAAUGAUGUCGAAGUUUUCAUGAUCACCUUUCCUCGUUCUUACGACGAAGUAUACUCCGUAUUGUCUUGGAAGAAAACUUAUCAGUUGAUACAGAAGCGUUGGCGAUGAAAUUUUCGUCAUGGUCACCCAUCUUGGUUAUGAUGAAAAGGUUGAAUUUGACAAACAAGAAGUCGUCAAGCUUGACCACCAAAAAGCGCAUUUCAAAAGUGUUCAGGUUUUAUGGCAGCCUCUUUUGGUGAUGUUGAUAUGUAAAGGAGCCUGGCUUCAUCAAAUAUUAGUGUGUGUUUUUUUAAGUCAACGAUGUAAGCAGUCCUUGUGUAAGAAACAUUUGUAAUUGUUCAGGUCAAUUCUAUUGAGACUUUUUGGUUAAUCAUUUGGUCAAUUUAAGGCCAUAGUCCUUAAUUUUAACUGUACAGGCAUUACAGUACAGUCAAUUUAAUUGAUGAGUUCUACAAACAAGGAAACUUUGGUUUU